AUGACGCCGGCAGCGACGACGACGUCGGCGCCGCCGUUGCCAGCUGCAAAUGAGUUCGUUGAGGGUCUGGCGGGAGCAGCGGAGGCAGCGGCUGAGACAGGAGCAGCAGGAGCAACGGCAGCGGGCAGUAAUAUUGAUGCCAGUUAUGAGCAGAGCUACACAAAUGGCAACAAUAAUAACAACAGUAAUACGUCCAUUGCUACUACAGCAACAACAACAACAAAGGUGGCAGUAGCGGGUGGAGCCGGAGCAGCGGGAGCGACAGCUGAGCAAACGGAGCUUCCGUCGCUGCUGCCCACGCCGAUGGGCAAUAACAGCAACAAUGGCUUGGCAGAGCCGACAUUAAUGCCGCACGAGAUCAUCGGAUCGGCCACCCCCACCAAGGGCGAACAGGAGGCGAUCCUACGGGCCCUGGAUUGGCUAAAGGAGAAACGCGCCUCCGACUAUGGCUGGGCCAAUGACACACAUGUUGUCAUCCUGGCCAAGGAACUAUCGGGCGGUCGUGAUCCAAACGAUAGCGCCGAUGCCCACAUGCAGAUCAUUCAGGAGCUGGAGGACACAUUGUCCGUUAAGGAGAUGGAGAUCGAAAUAUUGGCCAUGUUGGAUCGCCAUCACACAUUGCCCAAACCACUGAAUCUCGACAAACUGGCACGCUAUGUCUUGGCCCUAGGAUCACUGUGCAAGGACCCGAAGCAUUUUCAUGGGCACGAUCUGGUGGCCACCCUCCAGCAUCAUGAGCCUGUCCAGGACAUUGAGUUUGCGCUUACCACCCUGUCAGCGUGCAGCUCGGCGGCGCACGUGAGAAAGCGUCAGAUUCGACGACUGCUGGACAUUGCCAGCGGUGUGACGGAUCAGAGUGUUGACACAAUUGCGAUGGUCAUCCUGGCGUUGCGCUGCAUCGUUACUGAUCAUCGGCAUCGCCACUUGCAGCAUUUUGUGCGUAGGCCGGCACGAGGAUUGGCCAGCCUGCAGGAUCAGCGCGGCAGCUUUGGAUCGUUGCGCAGCACAGCGUUGGCCAUGCAGGCGCUUCAGGAUCUGGAAUAUGAUCCGGCGGGUCAGUGGAAUCGCACGGCUGCCUCCCGUUAUAUACUGAGUCGACAGCGCGCCGAUGGCGGCUGGAGCGAGGAACCAUUGCAGGAUGGCCAGGAGCCAGAUAUUGGGGUCGGACUGACGGCAGACAUUAUUCUGGCACUAGGCUGGAAGGGUCUGGGCGCAGUACGGGCCCUACAAUGUGAUCAUGUGAUACGCGAGAACAGCGAUCCGACAGAGAAUGGCGAAUCCAAGCUGGCCGUACCCUACGGCCUGAGUAGCUCGGCAGAGGAGUCGGAUACCAAGAACAUUUCGUAUACUUAUACUUUAUGGGUGGGAUCCAAUGUCAGUGAGGCAUUCUCGCUUUCUCUGAUAUCGCCCAAGAAUACAAGUUUCUUUAAGGCCAUGACCCAGGCUGCCGAAAUGGAUCAAAGAUUCAUAUUCGAGGCACGUGAAUGGCCCAAUGGGCAUUAUGUACAUACGCUCUAUGGCAAGAAGGAGGAGCCACGAGGAUAUCACUAUUGGCUACUUUAUCGACUGCCGGAACUACCUGAUCCAAACAAUACGCCCGGGAAUCAGCUUAUUGCGCCUGUUGGUGUCGAUGAUCUAAUGGUCGAGGAUGGAGAGCAUUAUCUUUAUUGGUAUAAGAAACUCUAAGCACAUGAAACGCGUUGCCGGCCUACGUCCAUACACUAAAGUAAAGCAGAGAGCCGAUAACCAAAAACAUAAACGAACAUAAGAUACUAUAGCUAUAGCUACAACUACAUAUAUAUAUAUAUAUAUAUAUAUAUAUAUACAUAUAUAUAUAUGUAUAUAUACAAACAUAAAUGUCUCUCUCUAUACAUAUAUAUACAUAUAUUACAUGCAUAUAUAUAACUGAACAAUAUGGCGUAAUCAAAAUGGAUACACAAAGCAAAUCGCACAGACGCUAAACAUACUAGGUAUAUAUGUAUAGCAACUAUAUAUAUGCUAUAACUAAACAUUAAAGGCAAACGUCUUUAGGCUAAUGACAAGCUACAAACGAAAUUCAUGACAAACAUAACGCACUACUCGUACUACUCGUACCCAAAACUAAAUCAAAAGAAACCCAAAGCCAGCGAGCAGCGAAUAAUUCAGGAACGUAACUGAACAAAAUAGAGAACUAGAAUUCCAUCUAUCUUAUUUAACCAAACGAAAAAGCAUUGAACAAGAGAAGCUAUUUGGAAUUCUGUUUUAAAACUUCAUUUCUUUUCAUUCGAUUUUCAUAUUUGAAUAAUUUUGUUAAAAUGUUUAACUCAAAACAAAAUUCCGGCCAUUAAAUAGGUGUAUUGACUCAAUCAAAAGUAUUACAAAUUCUAGAAUAGAAGGCGCGCCUUCUCUGACAGCAUUCUUCUUUAUCAUUUUCAUAUACAGGGUUCCUUAUUCGUUGCUCCUUGGACUAUUCUCAUAUGAAGAAUUGCUUAAGAUGAUAUUUAGGAGAGCAAAGCAAAAUAUGAACUGGGGCUACCAAAACAUAGUCGGUCAAAGCAAAGCAAGUUAUACCAAACACCGUACGUAACAAUAAGUGAUUGAAAAUCAUACUUAGACAUACUACAUACACAACUUUAUAUACAUACGUGCAUACA